AUCACAAUGCUACACCAAUCAUGACAAAAUGGCAUUGAUAUCAAGAUGGACAAACCAAAGUACCAAUAAAAGUCCCAAAAUAAAUACCCACGUAAUAGACAUUUGAUUUCUGGCAAAGAUGCAAAAACAAUUAAGAUGCAAAAGCAAUUAAGUGGAUUGUACCCUCAAUAAAUGCACUGGAACAACUAGAAAUCCAUGUGUAAAAAAUCCAAACCUUAUAGCGCAUCAAAAAUUUAAGACAUCCAAAGGUCAACUCAGAAUGGGUCACAGGUGUGGCCUGAGUCGUAGCUUGGCUAACAUUAUUCUCUCCGGGACAAAAUACAUGUUUUUCCUUAUCACGCUAAUGAAACAAUGUGAUGAUUAUGCAGAUGUUUCUGUUUUAAGAUUGGGUUUGAGUCAUUAAAUUGCCUAGGCGAGGCUCAGAUUUGUAAUCUUUCCACCUUAGCCACCCAGAGUGUCCCAACUACAAACGCCCUGAUGUGGAUUACAGGUGUGUGCCAUGCCCAACUUCAAACACUCAUUUCUGAAGGCUCUAUCCUAUUCCCAGGGGACAAACCACAGGACACAGGACCUCUUGAUCAUGUACAAGAUGUGACUGAAAAAUAUUGGGAAUAUUUAAAUUUUAAAAAUUUAUUAUUGUAAAGCUGGGCAUGGUUGUAUUUUAUAAUCCCAGCACUUGGGAGGCUGAGGCAGGAGGAUCGUUGUGAGUUUGAGACCAGCCUGGGCUACAAAAUGAGCCCCAAACUAGCCUGAACUGCAUAGUGAGACCUUAUCUCAAAAAGGCAAAAAGCCAGACCAAAACCAAAACAACAGAAACACUAAAUGGGCUGGAAGAUAGAAUAAUUAGAACUUUUGAAGUUAUUGGUAUAGGCAAAGAUUUUUAUGAACAAAACCCCAGUCGCAAGGAACUAUCACAAAGAAUCAACAACCAGUAUAUCAUCUUUAAAAAGUCUUUUGCAUAGCAAAAGAAAUCAGCAACAGAGUGAAGAGACAACUCACAGAGACAGGGUCUUGCUAAUUGGCCCAGCUGGUAUUUGACUCCUCCAGCCUCUGCUUUUUGCUUGUCACUUUCUGAAGUAGCGCUUGGAAGUCCUCUUUUAUGUCUUUACUUACACUAUCAUGGAGCGUUGGGUGUCCUGCAUCCAUUACAAAUGUUUAUGUUUCAUGGCCAUUUUGACUCCAGGGAACAGCCAGAAGCCACGCAGUGCAGAUUGGCUGAAUAAGGUACUUGGUGCCACACAGCAAUGUUUUAUAAGCGUGCCUCUCUGUGGGGUGGGCCUCACUGGCAGCAUUCACUGGUCCUCCAGAACUACUUCAGACAAGGCAAGUGCUGGUGUGGUGUCUGGGAGUGUAGUCCCAGUGCUCAGAAGCCUGAGGCAGGAGGUUUGAGGUCAUCCUGGGCUACAUAGUAGGUUGAAGGUCAACCUAAUCUACAUAGUGAGCCCCGUCCCAAGAAAAUAAAUACAUAAAAAUUAAGGCAGGAAAUGUCAACAAUUAUGGAAUACAUAUAUUGAAGUAGCAGGAGAAUUUUGAGAAUUAAUGGUAGCUGUGUUUUCUUAUAGUACAUUUUAAAAAAUCACUGUAUAUUUAGAUCAUACCUGUGUGUUAGGCUUCAUGCUUUUACGUUCUGUGUUUUUAAUUUUGUAAACUCUAGAUUGGUUCCUCAACCAUUAGCCAUCUCAAUCUUUUUACUAUUUCUGAAUGCCAGGCCCUGUCCUAGGCCUCCAGAAUUUAAAAAUGUCUUCACAGAGCUCAAGAUCCGCUGGGAGAGAAUUUUCCAUCUGUCACCCCCACUGGAAUGUGAGCUCUGAUCAAGGAGGUUGCUGUGUGUUUUGUGUGCACUUACAGCACUUACAAUACUCCUUGGGGCAAAACGGUUAUUGCUCCUAGGUAUAUGUUGGGUAAAUAAAGGAAGGCCUGUCAGGGACAGGCAAUUCAGGUUUGGUGUCCUAAGAAAUCCAGCCAGGUUUUGCUUUUUGUUGUGUAAAUUAAGAGGCCACCUGCUGGUCACAGAAAGAAAAUCAUAGAAAGAUGGAAGGAUCUUGGAAGCAAUGGAAGAAACAAACUCCUUUAGAGUUUUCAUUUCCCUGUCUUAAACUAUCCUUAGAAUUAUCCUCACCUCUCUGGGUAUAUCUGAUGUUCCAGAUUCUCAAAGGGGCAGGGUCUUGUUCUCUAAGAAAACCUUUCCUGCAGUUGAUGGUUUUUUGCCACAUGCUCCCGCUAUGCUCUUUCACAUUCUGGAGGUCCCUGGGUGACCCCUGGAUUCCCAUGAGGUCCUUUGCUCCUCAGUCCUGGUCUCCAUUCCCAGGGCUGGAAUGUUUCUGUGUCACUACAAAAAAAGGGUAGGUAGUCCCCAUUUCCUAAAUUGUUGUGAGGCAUGUCUGCAAAGAAAAUGUCCAGCCGGUGGUCAUUUCAACCUCCUGCUUCCUGCCCUCCUUCCCCAUGGCCCGGAGCCUCUGCCCCCAGAGCUGGAAUCCAGCUGCCAGUUUACUGGGGCAGAUUAGUAUCAGAUGUCACUUAAUCUUGGCGGUCCUUCCUGAAUGGGAGCCCUGGUGGACACAGGGCUGGUAUAAAGGGCAUCAGCUUCCUGGUUCGCAGACAAGGCAGGAUGGAGCAGGGCACUGCAGCCACCCUGCUGCUGCUGCUGUGUGCAGGUUGCUGUAGACACUCACAGGCGGACCUCGUACCGGUCAUUGAAGUAACCAACGGGGGUCCCUGGGGCGACUGGGCCUGGCCUGAGAUGUGUCCUGAUGGCUACCUUGCCAGCGGCUUUUCACUCAAGGUGGAGCCGGUUCAAGGCAUUAGUGCUGAUGACACGGCUCUGAACGGGAUCCGGCUGCACUGCACUCGUGGGGCUGCCCAGCACGUUGUGGAAUCCAAGUCUGGAAGGUGGGGUGCGUGGAGUGAGCCAGUGUGGUGUCCCGACAGAGGCUUCCUAACGGCUUUCGCGCUUCGCGUGGAAGCAGCUGAGACCCCUGGGGACAACACCGCGGCGAACAACGUGCGCUUCCGCUGCUCGGACGGCUCGGAGUUGGAGGGGCCGGGGCUGAGCUGGGGGGAGUUCGGGGAGUGGAGCGACGCGUGCUCCAAAGGGGUGUGCGGCCUGCAGACCAAGAUCGAGGCGCCGAGAGGACUCGGAGAUGACACUGCACUAAACGACCUGCGACUGUUCUGCUGCCGCGCUUGAGGUUCUUGUCGCCCUCUGCCGGCAGGGAUGCGGUCCCCCCUGCAGUCCCACUUUCCACACUAGUAAAACUUCUCAGCCUUGA